GGCGCGUGGACCCCCGCGUCCGACGAGAAGUACGCCGGCGUCGCGUCCGUCGUCAAGGCUGACGGCACCGAGGACGACGGCCUCUACGUCCCGGAGGCGGCCAAGCACUACGGCGUCUCCGCGCCCCUCGCGACGCCUUUCGAUCCGAAAGACGGCCUGACGCUCCAGUACGAGGCGACCCUCCAGGACGGCCUCGAGUGCGGAGGCGCGUACCUCAAGUUCCUCACCGCGCACGGCGACCACGACGGCGCCGCGCUCAACGGCGACACCCCGUACACCGUCAUGUUCGGCCCCGACAAGUGCGGCGGGACCAACAAGGUGCACGUCAUCUUCCGCCAUUCUUCGCCCGACGGGACCAUCGAGGAGAAGCACCUCAAAUCGCCGCCCUCGGUGCCCUUCGACCGUCUCCCGCACCUCUACACCCUCGUCGUCCGUCCCGAUAACACGUUCGAGGUCAAGGUGGACGGCGAGACGCAGUCGCAGGGCUCCCUCUUCGACUCCUUCGACCCCCCGUUUAACCCCCCGGAGGAGAUUGACGACCCGGAUGAUUCCAAACCCGACGAUUGGGUCGACGCGCCCAAGAUUGACGAUCCCGACGCGGUCAAGCCCGAAGACUGGGACGAGGACGCGCCGAUGCAGAUCGACGACGAGGACGCCGUCAAGCCCGAGGGCUGGCUCGACGACGAACCAGCCGAGAUUGAAGACCCGGACGCGGUCAAGCCGGAUGACUGGGACGACGACGAGGACGGCGAUUGGGAGGCGCCGAUUGUUCCCAACCCGCUGUGCACCAAAGGACCGGGAUGCGGCGAGUGGGUCCGCCCGAAGAAGCACAACCCCGACUACAAGGGCAAGUGGUACCCGCCGAUGAUCGACAACCCCGAGUACAAGGGCCCGUGGGCGCCGCGCAAGAUUCCCAACCCCAAGCACUUCAAAGACGAAAACCCCCUCGCCAACGUCGGCUCCGUCGGCGCCGUCGCGAUGGAGAUCUGGACCAUGUCCAAGGGCCUCGUCGUCGACAACGUCCUCGUCGCCGCCGACGACGUCGCCGCCAAGGAGCUCCAGGAGACCCAGUGGCGCCCCAAGUACGAGGCGUUGA